AUGAGUCUGUCGUCUGUUAAGGGCCAAGAUGUCGACGAGUUGUCGACAAUCGACAUGCUAGGAGCGGUCCACGAUCCCAAAAUGGAAGGCGAUGCCAGAAACGUGCUAACGAUUGUCUUAGCUCAGAGAGAUCGCUUGAAGCUGCGUGUUGGCGUCUUGGAAGAGGAGCUAAUGGCUGAAAAAACCAAGCAAACGGUGCUUCAAACGGAGAUCGAGAAAGUUCGUGACGACAAUGUGAAGCUGUAUGGAAAAAUUAAAUUCCUUCAAAGUUGUGGUAAGUUUAUCAAGCUCGGUUCAGUUCCAGCAAUAGCAUACUCAGUGGCAGUUAUGUGA